AUGGCGAUUGAUUAUCUAGGUUCCAUCCUUCCGCCUGAUGUUGAAGUCAAAAUCAGUAAGACAACUGUUAAUGAACAUGAAUCCGUGCGGUUUGAAUGUGCUACCAGCGGAGGCUACCCGGAGCGCAUAGAGCGGUACCAGUGGCUCUGGAAGAAGAGUGGCUCCACUGCGGAACAGGUUAUCCAAGACUCCGAGACCAGCACGCAGAAUGGGAAGCUUUUCGAGUUCGUGCGCAUACCAUACGACAGGAGUGGGACGUACUCGUGUAAGGCUUGGAAUCUUGGUGAGAUGGGACAGGCAUCGGCAGUCCUGACUGUGCAUUUUUCUCCUAGAAUAUACCCAGAGGCCAACAUGACGUAUGACGUGGUGGGUGAGAUAGGCAAGGAGGCAUCGUUUGAACUGUUCAUCAUCGCCAACCCGACUCCGGCAACAACUGGUUACACCUGGUCCAAAGAUGACAACAUCCUUUCGAACUCAUCGUCCGAAUAUGAAAUCAUAUCCGGCCCGACGUCGAGCAAGUUGGCCAUCGAACACGUCAAAUCCUCCCAUUAUGGGAACUAUACGUGCUCUGUAAAAACGAGCAGAUUUCAAGUGAAUUUCAAAUUUAAGCUUUUCAAACCAGGUCCACCCUCUGCACCCAGCAAACUCGAAGUUGUCAAUUCAACUGCCGUAGCAGCGACGCUCACAUGGAUCUCAGAAAUCAAUGGCGGGUCGGAGCAGAGAUUUUACGUCCAAUACAAGAAGUUUGCCGACAACUGGGACGUUGCCCCGGAGGUUCCUCAAGGAGGAAUAACUGAUCCAGGUCUCAAGAAAGCCGUGUAUCAUAAGAUUAUGGGUCUUGAGUCGAAUGUUGGGUAUAUAUUUCGAGUGCGCAGCAGGAACUCCCACCCGGGGACUCACACCAGUAACUUUAGCAACGUGGCUUCUGGGGAAACACCAGAAAAACCCAAAACGUCCCUCAUAGGUGUGAAUCGGAUAGGUAAAAAAGUAACCGUGGGCUGGGAACGAGUGACUGGAAAAUAUACGGGGCUGAAGAUCAAAUACUGCCAGACCGGCACAGACGACUGCAUGACUCACACCGUGCCUAAACAAGAGAAUACCUAUGUAACAUUUGUUGUUGAUCCCGAUAAAUCAUAUUAUUAUUAUAUGGUUGUCGAAGAUGGUGGUGAUGUUGUAUACAGGAGCAGGGUCGUCAAUGACGAGGUUGAUGACAAGACAAGCAUAACAGCUGUAGGCGGUCAUGUUGGAGCCGGCAUUGUAGCGAUAACAGGCGUCGUUCUGGCUGUUAUUUUAUGGAAACGUGGUCUACUGCGAUGGAGAAAGAGGCAGUGUCAUCGACCGGCAAAUGACAACGCUGAUUACGAUGAUACCAGGGUUGAAUUCACAACAGCCGGAAAUCGCCCUGUACACACCUACGCCAACAUUGAGACAGAUCACGUAAAUGAUGUGUUUGACCCUGAACGCUGGCAUGGACAAAUAAACCCACAGCCAUUGCCUACGGGGCACCGCGUUCCGGUUCACGGAGUCCAUGGGAAUGAGCCUGCGGAGUCCGACGAUGACGUAGACGCUGUCGUGGGUGCAUACGAUUACGCGACAUGGCAGCAGGGUGUUCCAGGUCAACGCCCAGUCCCUGCACCUCAGCAGAAUCAAACGGAGUGUGGCUCCUCAGACGAUGAGUCUGGGGAGUAUAUCUUAAGCGAUCCGAUAAGCGACCAGGAGGGACAGGAGCCUGAAGGUACAUACAAUGACCUACGAAUCCUCGUAGCAGACGCACAGAAAGAGCUAAGAAUCCACAAGGACGCGCCGCCUGACCAAAGUACAGCAGAGAGCAGUUCCAGACAAGCUAAUGGCGGCUCAGACGAUGAGUCUGGGGAUUAUAUCUUAUGCGAUCCAAUAAGCGACCAGGAGGGACAGGAGCCUGAAGGUACAUACAAUGACCUACGAAUCCUCGUAACAGACGCACAGAAAGAGCUAAGAAUCCACAAGGACGCGCAGCCUGACCAAAGUACAGCAGAGAGCAGUUCAAGACAAGCUAAUGGCUCCUCAGACGAUGAGUCUGGGGAGUAUAUCUUAAGCGAUCCAAUAAGCGACCAGGAGGGACAGGAGCCUGAAGGUACAUACAAUGACCUACGAAUCCUCGUAACAGACGCACAGAAAAAGCUAAGAAUCCACAAGGACGCGCAGCCUGACCAAAGUACAGCAGAGAGCAGUUCAAGAGCUAAUGGGUCCAAUGGGCGGACUCCAAGUCGCUCGAAUGGCGUCCAAGAGUUGGUUACAAGUCGUUCGAGUGACAAUAUGGUAAACGAGCAAGGGUCACUGUACGCGUAUUUAGAUCCAGUAGCGCCAGUAACGCAUGGAGAGUACUUGGACUUCAGACAAAGCCUAGUUCCUGCACCUCAGCAAAAUCAAACGGAGUGUGGCUCCUCAGACGAUGAGUCUGGGGAGUAUAUCUUAAGCGAUCCAAUAAGCGACCAGGAGGGACAGGAGCCUGAAGGUACAUACAAUGACCUACCAAUUCUCGUAACAGACGCACAGAAAGAGCUAAGAAUCCACAAGGACGCGCAGCCUGACCAAAGUACAGCAGAGAGCAGUUCAAGACAAGCUAAUGGCUCCUCAGACGAUGAGUCUGGGGAGUAUAUCUUAAGCGAUCCAAUAAGCGACCAGGAGGGACAGGAGCCUGAAGGUACAUACAAUGACCUACCAAUCUUCGUAACAGACGCACAGAAAGAGCUAAGAAUUCACAAGGACGCGCAGCCUGAUCAAAGUACAGCAGAGAGCAGUUCAAGACAAGCUAAUGGGUCCAAUGGGCAGACUCCAAGUCGCUCGAAUGGCGCCCAAGAGUUGGUUACAAGUCGUUCGAACGACAAUAUGGCAAACGAGCAAGGGUCACCAUACGCGCAUUUAGAUCCAGUAGCGCCAGUAACGCAUGGAGGGUACUUGGACUUCAGACAACUUAGUUCGGAAUAAUAGGUAUCAACAUCCCAAUAGGUGGCGCUGAUUAUAACUUGUGUGUGCGUCAAACAGACAACAUUCUCGUCUCUGCCACACCAA